GUUGUAUAUGAUGGACACAAACCCACCAACAGUUACCAACCAGUUACGCCAUUGGCACGGACACGCGCUCGCAUGUACCAACAGGAACAGGUGUCAAGGUGUGAAUCUGAAACUUGCUGUAGUCGAUUCUUGCGGCAAGAGGAGACGUGUGAACAAUGGCAGCGGAUCUCGCCAAGGUGCGAAGCAAGUUUGUGGACAAGGUGUCCAAAGCAACUCUUAUCCAGCUCCUGGACGACAUUUUAGAAGAUUGCAUUGUGAAUGAUGGGGAGAAAGACUCAAUCCUCGAGGAGCACAACUGCAGAGCAGACAAGGCACGCAGCCUCUUUGACAUAGUGAAGAAGAAAGGAGACAGUGCCAGCAGGAAGCUGAUCGCCCACCUUCAGAUCAGAGAUCCUACACUUCACUCUGAGCUGGGCUUGUCCUGUGGUCAGCCGGCUCCACCAGCUGCAGAGCUCCGGGGGGACCAGGGCGGGUCAACCACACUCAUCCCUACCACUGAGGACUUCUGGAGGGCGAAACGGAAUGAUAAAAAUAUCUACACUGUGACCAAAAAUAAUAUCAGGAAUCGUGUGGCCCUGCUGAUCACAAAUAUAAAGUUUACUGAUAAGAGUCUUAACAGAGAAGGGGCUGAGAGAGACGAGGAGAACAUGGAGAAUCUGCUCACAGAUCUGGGAUACGAGGUGGUGAAACACACAAACCUCACUGCAAAGGCCAUAGAUGGCGCUCUAUUGACGUUCUCUACACAUCCAAAACUCAAAGACACAGACAGUGUGUUGGUGGUCAUCAUGUCUCACGGGAAACUUGGAACUAUACUUGGUGUCGACGGGAAAGAUGAUAAGUUCCACAUCGACAACAUUUACAAACACUUGGGUUCAGAAAAAUGUCCGGCACUGCUGGACAAACCCAAAAUCAUCAUCAUCCAGGCCUGCAGAGGAGUACAUGAAGGAUCUGUGCGUGUAACCACUUGUGCUACCGUGGACUCUGAUGACGAUGACAUGUGUGUUGACGAAAUAAAGGACGAUACUUUAAGGCGAUUUGCACACAGGGAGAAAGACUUCAUCUCUAUUCUUUCCUGCACCCCUGAUACAGUCUCAUAUAGACACAAAGGUUCUGGGUCUUUUCUUAUCCAGUACAUUGUUGACAUAUUCAACAGCGUCGCACGUGAGGAUGACAUUGAGGAACUUUUUAGAAAAGUCAUGCAACGCUUUGAGUCUCCCCUUGGCGAAAAAAGACAGAUGCCAGUCAAAGACAGAUGCAGUCUCACAAAACGCUUCUACUUCUACCCAGGUCUCAGUACCAUUUGAAGUAAUGAUGUCGAUUAUUUUCUUUGUGAAUCUGGUUGUCUGACAGUUUGUAAAUUUCUUGAAAAUUAUGGAGCAAUAACGGACUUUUUCAGUUUAUAGUUUGUGAUUCAGCCGUGUCCCUUUGAAUAAAAAAACAGAAAAAUUAGAUAUUGAAUGAUUAUCUGCACCAAGCCGUUAUUUUAAAGUGCACAUGCAAAAUGAUUCACUAGUCACUAUGAUUAACUAUUUUAGACCUUGUCAUCAGACACCAUACAGCACUGCAAUUAACUCAUAGUGCGCACACUGCAAUCAAUAUUGUGUCUUUAUUUUUCUUUAUAAGACCUGCACUUAGAUAAGCUAUUUUUAAAAUGUUGUGUUAUCCAUGCUAAAACAGUUAAGCUUCUUCUAAUCAACUUUAUACAGGUUGGGCAUUUGUACUGUUAUGCUCUUUGAUAAUGUGUGCUAAUGGCACAAUAAAAGUAAUUGACCUGAAAA